AUGUCUAACAACGAAAGAACUUUUAUCGCCAUCAAGCCAGACGGUGUCCAAAGAGGUUUGAUCUCAAACAUCUUGUCCCGUUUCGAAAACAAAGGCUACAAACUUGUCGGUAUCAAAUUGGUUACUCCAACUGAAAACCUUUUGAAGCAACACUACGCUGAACAUGUUGAAAAGCCAUUCUUCCCAAAGAUGUUGAGUCACAUGAUGUCUGGUCCAAUCUUGGCUACCGUCUGGGAAGGUAAGGAUGUCGUUAAACAAGGUAGAGCUAUCUUGGGUGCCACCAACCCAUUGAACUCUGCCCCAGGUACCAUCAGAGGUGAUUACGCCGUUGAUAUGGGUAGAAACGUUGCCCACGGUUCUGAUUCUGUUGCCUCCGCUGAACGUGAAAUUGACUUGUGGUUCAAGAAGGAAGAGUUGGUUGACUACAAAUUGGCCCAAUUGUCCUGGAUUUACGAAUAA